ACUCUCACGUGUACGACAUUGCCGGUGUCUCUCUUAGCAAGUGCUAGCGAAAAUGGCGAGUCCUGUAGCUUCGGUCGGGAAACUUCUGGCCCGUUUGGGUGGAAAUGUCCAAAAUUAUCUUACACCAGUAGCAGUGAACGCUACACAGAAAAGAAACUAUGGCAGUGGCAGUCGAAUCAAGGUGGCCAACCCUGUUGUGGAGUUGGAUGGAGAUGAGAUGACCAGAAUCAUUUGGGAGAAAAUCAAGGAGAGGCUGAUCUUCCCCUACCUGGAAGUUGACUGCAAGUACUAUGACCUGGGUCUGCCAUACCGGGACCAGACCAACGACCAGGUUACCAUUGACUCCGCCGAGGCCAUCAGGAAAUACAAUGUGGGCAUCAAGUGUGCCACCAUCACACCCGACGAGGCUCGUGUUGAAGAAUUCAAGCUGAAGAAGAUGUGGCUCAGUCCAAAUGGAACCAUCAGGAACAUCCUCGGUGGUACAGUGUUCCGUGAGCCAAUCAUCUGCAAGACCAUUCCACGUCUCGUGCCGGGCUGGACCCGUGCCAUUGUGAUCGGCCGUCACGCUCAUGGUGAUCAGUACAAAGCAACAGACUUCGUAGUGGAGAAGCCCAGCAAGUUUGAGAUGGUCGUGACCUCUACUGCUGAUGGAAAAGAAACCAGACUGCCAUGCUUUGAGUUCAAGGAUGGAGGCGGUGUCAUCAUGGGCAUGUACAACACUGAUGAGUCCAUCACAGGAUUUGCCCAUGCUUGCUUCCAGUAUGCCAUCAUGAAGAAAUGGCCUCUCUACAUGAGCACCAAGAACACAAUCUUGAAGAGAUAUGAUGGCAGGUUUAAGGACAUUUUCGAGGAAAUCUAUGAAGCAAAGUACAAACCAGAGUUUGAUAAGCUUGGAAUCUGGUACGAGCAUCGUCUGAUUGAUGAUAUGGUUGCUCAGGCGCUCAAGUCAGAUGGAGGCUUUGUGUGGGCUUGCAAGAACUACGAUGGUGAUGUGCAGUCCGAUAUUGUUGCUCAGGGCUACGGUUCCCUGGGACUGAUGACCAGUGUAUUGGUGUGCCCCGAUGGAAAGACCAUUGAGGCGGAGGCUGCUCACGGCACUGUCACCAGGCACUACAGAGAGCACCAGAAGGGCAACCCCACAAGCACCAACCCUGUUGCCAGUAUCUUUGCCUGGACACGAGGAUUGGAACACAGAGGAAAAUUAGACGGCAAUGCUGACCUUCAGAGGUUCUGUCAGCAGAUGGAGGAGGCAUGUGUCCAGUGUAUUGACAGCGGCAAGAUGACUAAAGAUUUAGCUGGCUGCAUCCACGGGCUCAAGAAUGUCAAGCCUGAGCAUUAUCUGAACACCAUGGACUUCCUAGAGGCGAUCGGUGAUCAGUUCGAACGCACACGCAAGAAUUGAUCCACAUAGAACAUAGACAGUUUCAUUAUCGUGUGUACAGUAGGCAGGAGCCUGACCUGAAUCUCUCAUCCUGGGGCCUCCCCCUUUUUGUACAAUAGAAUCACCAAGCUUCUUCAUUUGUAUGUCAGGUGUACUCUAGAACAGUGCUAAAGUCAGGGCUAGGGGCGGGACUCUCUAGGAACAAUAUUUUACAUUACCAUGUUUAGGUCAACUUGUAUGAUUCAUUAUUGAAGAUUAUCAUUGAAGUAUAUUUGGGCCAAUAUUUGGGCCAAAUAGUUCCUUUUGGUAAACUGAUGUUCCUCUUUAUGAACCUGUACUGUAGCUUUUCUUUUUAAAAUUGUUUGGGUGAAUUAUGCCAUAAUUGUUACCAAAGAACAUUGUUGGUUUUAUGCAAGAAAUGAUUCAACGAAACUUGGUCCGAUUUGCAUGAAUGAGUACUGCUAAAGUUUGAAAUAUAUUUGAGAUGCAGUGUAGUGCUAUUUGAAGAACCACAUCAUGAUAACAGUGAACUAAGUUGUUUACAUUUGUGAAAGUUAUACAUUCGUCAGCUCAGCAAUAAAGUCACUGAGUGUC